AUGACGAUACAUGCAUCUAUCAUGCUGGAUACUCCUCACGCUAUGAUGGGGAUGGCUCCAUCUAUCACCACGGAUCCUCAAGCUAUGAUGGAUCUGGAAUACGUCCUGACGAUGAUGGGUCCAGAGAGUCGAGCUACGAUGAUGGGUCUUCCUCAUCGAGCGAUCACGAAUCUGGAUCUCAUUGUGACUAUGAUGGAUCACACUACGAUGAUGGGUCCGCGUCAUAUGAUGAAUCUGGGAUACAUUAUCACUAUAUAUCACUAUGAUGAUGGGCCACACUAUCACUAUGAUGGCUCCAGUUCCUACGAGGAUGAAUCUUCAGGAACUUCAUACGACCAUGGUGAUUCGGAUGGUUCGGAACGGGGCCAUCUAUCAGGACACUGCUGUUGGGCUGAUCCGUGGUGGGAACCUUGA